AGCACAGCUACUUUACGUGUUGCUGGUAACUUCCCUCACCCAGUACAGUACACACAUUCUGUUUGAUGUUAAACUAUGGUACUGCGUGGCUCAUGCAUGUCUGGAUGCCAAAUAGAGCAGACUAAUGUAGAGACACAGGAGAGGAGUUAUUCUAUGGUUGAUAGUUAAUCCAUGAGGUGCUCUUUGAUCAUGGAAUUAAAAACUAUAGAACAAAAAUAAGUUGAUGCUGGGUAGUGAACGAUGCCUGAAAAGCCUUUGUGCAUAACAAACUUCCAGAAGUAAUCAAGGCGCUCUAAUGUAGUGGAAAAAUGUAAAAGCCUUUAUUGUUUUAACUAAAAACAACACUGACGUAUUUCGGCUACAACAGCCUUCUCAGGGUGGCAAAGAAUAGUGGUGGACAAACGUGUGUAUCCCAACUCUAACAGGAAGUGACUAAAUUCAUUACCAUAUGUACACUGAAUUAAAAUAAAACUGUAACUCAGUAAAAUCAAUAAAAUUGUUGCAUGUUGCAUUUAUAUUUUUGUUCAGUAUAAUUGAUGAAGUAAAAAAAACUUGAUCAUGCUGGAUAUAUUGGCCUACAUCACAGGUACGGACAACGAAGUUAACUUGAUCAACAUUACCUGGAAGUGGAGCUCAGGCAUGUGAUUAAGGUGUUUAUUACCUGAAUUAAUGUACUGAGACGAUGAUAAGGAUUGUCUGAUGUGGAGCUCUCUCCCCCUUCACCCCCCCUCUCUGGCUCAGUGAGCCCCAUCAUAGUGUCCUUCGUUGGGGCAGUGAGCAGCUCAGAAGGGUCCUCUGUGGUCCUGCCAUGCAGAGCAGUGGGGGAUCUCCCCAUCAGGUACACCUGGACCAGAGGACACUCUCAGACCUCAAUCACCCCAACCCUGGAGAGGCAUGUAGAUGAUGAGGGGGCUCUGCAUAUCUCCAGUGUUCAGUUAUCUGAUGCAGGGGUCUACCACUGUGCCGCUGAGAACAGAGCGGGACAACAGCAAAGAAGAGCCACCCUCACCAUCUCUGCUGAAGAUGACCCGGCUGAUAGGGACAAGCAGCAUAGACAGAUUGUGUCUGCAGUUCCAAACAUUGAAGCAGAGCAGAGAACUCCCCUGUCCAGUAACGUCCUGAGUCUAGCUCAGCGUUCUGAGAUAACCCAAUUACAGGCAGGAAGCACAGUUUCAGUCCAAGCAUCUCAAAGAGACUUGAACAACAACAUCACGCAAGUGUCUACCCCUGACACUUUACGACUGCUCUCGUCUCUCAAGAAGACAGCUUUAGGACUAGCACGUCUCAGCGGAGGACAGACAGGAUUGCUGGUACUACCUGACCUUCACUCUCAGCUACCAUUGAACCAGGCCUCGGCCAAACCAACCCAGCCCACAAUCACACAGAUCCAGCUUCCAGUACUACAACCCCCACAUCCACCUCUAUAUCAACCCUUAGACCUACUAAGCCAGCCUUCAGUAACUCAUAGAGUCCUCUCACUUACCCAGCUUCCAAUAAUACAUACCCAGCCAACAUUAGCACAUAAUCCACCCCUAGUGACACAACGCCAGGUUUUAGUCCCACAUAGCCAAUCUCAAUUAACACAGUCCGUAUCCCAAAGCAUCCACAACCAGCCAUCAGUCAUGCAUAUCCAGCAUCAAGUCACUGACCAACCAAUUAAGCCACUAAAGCCCAUCGCCAGUAUUACCCAGUCUCUGGUCCCACGCCCGCAACCUUCUCCAGACUCUCCCACCCACCUUUCAGACCCCUCUACCCAGAGUCCUGAUUGUCUUACCCAGCCCAGAGAACCUGUGACUCAGUCUCUACUCAUGCAAACCCUGCAUCCUUCUGACUCAAUCACUCAAACCCACCGUCCUGUAACGCAAGGUUAUCCUUCAUAUCCACAUAUACAGCAUCCUAGCCCUGUCACCCUGUUUUCAGUCAGACAAAUCCAGCCUGAACCUAUACAAACCCAGCCUGAACCUACACAAACUCAGCCUGAACCUACACAAACCCAGCCUGAACCUACACAAACUCAGCCUGAACCUACACAAACCCAGCCUGAACCUACACAAACUCAGCCUGAACCUACACAAACCCAACCUCAACCUCAACCUACACAAACCCAGCCUAAACCUCAACAAACUCAGCCUGAAUCUACACAAACCCAUCCUCUACCUAAACAAACUCAGCCUGAACCUACACCCACUCAGCCUGAACCUACACCCACUCAGCCUGAACCUACACAAGCCCAACAUGAACCUACACAAACCCAGCCUGAACUUACACAAACCCAGCCGAAACCUCAACAAACCCAGCCUACACAUCUCCUGACCCAGCCUUCAGUCUCAAUCACACAUCCUCCUGACCUGAGCACCAUACCCCCCACCCCUGACCCCAAGGGCCCUAGUGCCCCAUGGACCUCCACACCAGACCUCCCGCAGCAGAACAUGAAUCAGCCCGCUAAGCCAGUUCAUCCAGCCAAACCAAACAGGCACAAUGACACAGAGCCCACAGAGUGGCUGAAGAGGAACACUUCUCAGUCCCCCAUCAGGACCAGUGAGGACCCCAGAGUAAAGCCUCCUCCUCCUCCGUGGCUUCCAGUGCUGGAGAAACAUGACAUCCCCAUCGUGGUGGGAGUGGGCGUGUCUCUGGCCUUCAUCUUCAUCACCAUGGCCUUCUACUCCCUGGUCCAGAAGAACGAGCCUGCCCCCGCUAUUAGAGGUCAGUGGGCUGACCAGCUCAAUCUCUGCUGGAUCUCAACCCUAAUGCCUAUCUUUUAGCAUACUGUUUUCAUGGUUCAAAUUACUCAUGGGCAGGACAAAACAUGGCACUGCCUAUUAAAUGUUAGCACCCCUAUAAUCAUAAAAAAUCUUAACAACCAGAAAUUGCAAGAUUCUGACAGUGAUUUGAACCCUGGGCAUGGAGUUAUAAAAGAGGAAGUAUACUGAACAAAACUUUAAAGGCAACAUGCAAAGUGUUGUUCCAAUGUUUCAUGAGCUGAAAUAAAAGAUCUCAGAAA